AUGGUGAAGCUGGGGAGUAAUUUGAACGACAAGAACAGCAAGCCACCAUCUGGCGAAGAUGGUUUUCAGACAGUUCCUUUGAUCACGCCUUUGGAAGUAAAUCACCUGCAGUUCCCGGCUCCGGAAAAGGUAAUUGUGAAAACAAGAACAGAGUAUCAGCCUGACCAGAAGAACAAAGGAAAACUCAGAGUGCCCAAAAUUGCUGAAUUCACAGUCAGUUUCACUGAUGGUGUAACAGAAAGACUAAAGGUCACUAUUCUCAUAAGUCUGGCUCUUGCAUUCCUUGCCUGCAUAGUGUUUCUUGUGGUAUACAAAGCCUUUACUUACGACCACAGUUGCCCAGAUGGAUUUGUUUAUAAGCAUAAGCGGUGCAUCCCGGCCUCGCUGGACGCGUACUACUCCGCACAGGAUUCCAACUCCCGGGGCAGGUUCUACACUGUCAUCAGCCACUACAGCAUGGCCAAGCAGACCAGCUCCCGGGCUGUAUCGCCUUGGCUGUCUUCAGGGUCGGUAAACCAUGAAGCCAAGGCUGCCAAGACAGAAGGUCAUUAA